CAUUUCAAAAUAAAAUAAGAACUGAUGCUUCCUUCGCGCCAUCUCCGCGCCGCCGUGCGGCAGAGAAGCCACCGCCCCCCAGCCGCCGGAGAAGCCUUCUCCGGAAAGCUCGAUGCGGAUGUGAUCCGGCGCAACAAGGCCAUCACGGUCCACAUGCGCGCCGGCCGCGUCGGCGAGGCCGAGCGCCUAUUUGACGCCAUGCCCAGCCGCUCCACCUCCACCUACAACGCCAUGCUCGCCGGGUAUGCCUCCAAUGGACGCCUCCCUGUCGCGCUCUCCCUCUUCCGCUCCAUCCCACGCCCGGACACAUUCUCCUACAACACUCUCCUCCAUGCGCUUGCAGUCUCAUCGUCCCUCACUGACGCCCGUAGCCUGUUCGACCAAAUGCCGGUGAAGGACUCAGUGACAUACAACGUCAUGAUCUCGUCUCAUGCCAACCAUGGACUUGUCUCUCUUGCACGGAAGUACUUCGAUCUUGCUCCGGAGAAGGAUGCUGUCUCAUGGAACGGCAUGCUUGCUGCUUAUGUCCGGAAUGGACGGGUUCAAGAAGCAAGGGAGUUGUUUAAUUCAAGGACAGAGUGGGAUGCCAUUUCUUGGAACGCCUUGAUGGCUGGGUAUGUGCAGUUGGGUCGGAUGGCAGAAGCACAGGAGCUUUUUGAUAGGAUGCCACAAAGAGAUGUUGUUUCCUGGAACACCAUGGUCUCAGGUUAUGCCAGGGGAGGGGAUAUGGUGGAGGCAAGAAGGAUGUUCGACAUGGCACCCGUGCGUGAUGUGUUCACAUGGACAGCAGUAGUUUCUGGGUAUGCGCAAAAUGGAAUGCUGGAGGAUGCCCGGAUGGUGUUUGAUGCCAUGCCUGAGAGGAACCCAGUGUCAUGGAAUGCAAUGGUGGCAGCUUAUGUCCAGCGGAGGAUGAUGGAGAAAGCAAAGGAGCUGUUUGACAUCAUGCCUUGCAGGAAUGUGGCGUCAUGGAACACAAUGUUGACAGGGUAUGCUCAGGCAGGGAUGUUGGAUGAGGCAAGGGCAGUUUUUGACAUGAUGCCACAGAAAGAUGCAGUCUCUUGGGCUGCAAUGUUGGCUGCAUACGCACAAGGUGGUUUCAGUGAGGAAACCCUACAGCUGUUCAUCAAAAUGGGGCGGUGCGGUGAGUGGGUGAAUAGGUCAGCAUUCGCUUGUUUGUUGAGCACAUGUGCUGACAUUGCUGCACUAGAGUGUGGAAUGCAGCUGCAUGGGAGGUUGAUUAAAGCUGGAUACGGGUUGGGUAGGUUUGUUGGGAAUGCGCUCUUAGCUAUGUACUUCAAAUGUGGAAACAUGGAGGAUGCUCGAAAUGCAUUUGAGCAGAUGGAGGACAGGGAUGCAGUUUCUUGGAAUACUGUGAUCGCCGGUUAUGCACGUCAUGGUUUUGGCAAGGAAGCACUUGAGGUGUUCGAUAUGAUGAGAGCGACAUCAACCAAGCCAGAUGAUAUUACUCUAGUUGGAGUACUUGCAGCUUGUAGUCAUUCUGGCUUGGUUGAGAAAGGCAUUUCAUACUUUUAUUCGAUGCACCGCGAUUUCGGUGUGACAGCGAAGCCUGAACAUUAUACUUGUAUGAUAGACUUGCUUGGACGAGCUGGUCGAUUAGAUGAAGCACAGGGCCUUAUGAAGGACAUGCCAUUUGAGCCAGACGCUACCAUGUGGGGUGCAUUGCUUGGUGCGAGUAGGAUCCACCGCAACUCCGAACUAGGCAAGAGUGCAGCUGAGAAAAUAUUUGAGUUGGAGCCUGAAAAUGCUGGCAUGUAUGUCUUGCUUUCAAAUAUAUAUGCAUCUUCUGGCAAAUGGCGUGAUGUGGGGAAGAUGAGAGUUAUGAUGGAGGAUCGCGGUGUGAAAAAAGUGCCUGGAUUCAGUUGGAUGGAAGUACAAAACAAAGUACACACUUUCUCGGUUGGUGACUGUGUGCACCCCGAAAAGGAAAAGAUAUAUGCUUUCCUGGAAGACCUUGACAUGAGGAUUAAGAAAGCUGGCUAUGUGUCAGCUACAGAAAUGGUUUUGCAUGAUGUGGAGGACGAAGAGAAGGAACACAUGCUAAAGUAUCAUAGCGAGAAGCUUGCUGUUGCUUAUGGUAUUCUAAAUAUUCCUGUUGGGAGGCCUAUCCGAGUGAUCAAAAACCUCAGAGUAUGCGGAGAUUGUCACAAUGCUUUCAAGUAUAUCUCUGCAAUUGAGGGCAGGCUGAUCAUCCUGCGGGACUCUAACCGCUUUCACCACUUCAGAGAUGGUUCUUGUUCCUGUGGUGAUUACUGGUGACUGCAGAGUAGAAUCUGGUGUGAAGUAUUCCUGACGGAAUUUACAGUUGACAGCAAACAAUGACCAUGCAAUGCAAGAUGCAAACACAAAUUAAGAGGGAUUGUGAUGACUGGGUGUCUGGGGCUGGCCAUCCAUCCACUAGGCCUACUACUGAAGUACUGCUCUAAGGAAUAUGUUUGUUGGUCUACAUGUGGCCUUGCAUUUCAAUCAUGUGUGCUGAGAUGGGAAGGAGAAUCCACAAAGAAAAUAUUUCCUAUCUCAUGUGAUGGAAGCCUUGAUCAACAGUAAUAUGUGGACAAGAUUUUAGCUAUGCAUGUGUUGGUUGGAAGGACUUUGGACAUCAAGGAUGAACCUGCAAGGAUUAUUAUUCUGUAUCCAGUACUGAAAGCAGCCAUGUAGACAUUUUGCUAUGUCAGUUCAGUCAGAAUAGCCAUGGCAGGAGAAGGGUAUGUUCCAUAGUCUUGCGUCAAAUGGAUAGUUGAUGCAUUGCUGACUGAGCUGCAAGAAAUAUGAUCUGAAAUGCAUCAUGACAACUAAUCGAGUUGCUAUCAGCGAUGCAAGCAGCAAGGAGCAGGCCGGCUCAGUUUGUGUUCUCAAGGCGGCGAUUGCCUUCAGUUCAUGCCUGGAUGGAUCUGUGGAAUCCGCAUUUAUAUUUCUGCUAAUCCAGGUUUUCUUGCUUCCAAUAUAUUCUGUCAAAUCAGAAGGUUUGUGUGGGAAAACAACGCUGGGAAGAGUUUCGAUGCUCAAUUUUUUAUAGAUGAGUUGCAAGAUGUUUAUCUACAGUAAACAGAAACAUGCACGCACGCACGCAUGCUAUGACACUGGUGAGUGGUGACCUAGCUAGCAUCAUCCGUCCAUCCUUACCAAGCAUACACUAGGAAAAAUGGACUUGCAAAAAUCCAGUAUGGAAAUGGACUUAUGUUUUCUUCGUCCACACAAAGGAUGGAAAUCCAGUAUGUUUCUUCUUCCUUCAUGUAUGCUUGAGACCACAAAAACUUCGAAAACUACAAAUAGGGGAGAAGGCUUUUAAUUCUUGUGGAAUAUUUUUAUUAUUUGUAGGCAUUUACGUAAACAAGGAGUUAUAAUUAUAAUUCUGUACUGGCUUUACUAUUGCUAUAAAAGUCCCCUGGAGAUACAAGCCACACAACCUAUCCAAAUGACAGAGAACAAGAGCAAGCUAACUUGUUCAUCAUUGUAUGUUGGUAAUGCAUAAGAAGGCUU